CCUUGUCCGAUAUGAAAGCUAUAAUCUCUAAAUCAAAGACGCGAACUCCCUCCGGAACGAAAACGGGAUCACAGCAACUUAAAAAUAGAUUGAAGCUGGAAAUCGACCGCCCAUUUGACCGACUUCCGGACCUACAGACCCAAACUUUCUGUCCGUCUCAGAGAUCCGACACGUCCAUACACUCCAUAGGAUUAAUCCAAUCCAAGACAUGGGUACUGGAAAACUCGGCAAAGGGAGAUAAUACAAAUCAUUUCCUUGGGAACAUGACAUCGAUAUCGCGCGCAACCGAGAUACUAAAUGUCAAAAUCAUGGCCACUUUCCGGUUCUCAGUAGACCGCGAGAUCGAGUCCGUUUUCCCUGGGUUUGACGGACGUUCCUGGGUAGUGUGUACCGGAAGUACCGAGGCACGGUUGGUGGACCACGCCGGUGAUUUUGAUCAGAGACGUUCUAUAACUCUAGAUAGGUAUGUUUACAUCAAUGACCUCGUCACUACGGCCGACAAGACGAAGACGCUGGUGUGCUGUUCAGACCAGACCAUUCGCCAGGUCCACCAUGGAAAAGGACACUGUGACGUCAUGUUUCGAACACGUCAUUACGCCACAAGCUUGUGCGAGUCACGCGAUGCUGGCUGUAUACUCGUAUCACAUUAUCGCGAUGGAAUGCUGAUUAAGUACAACCAAAAUGGCCGGGCACUCCGCACGAUUGACCAUGACUGUGACGGCAAACGCCUGUUCCAUUCGCCGACAAGCGUUAGAGUGAACACGACCAAUGGAGACAUUGCCGUGAUAGAGAGCUCCUGUCCACGUCACGUGGUUGUUAUAGACAGGAAACUGCAAGUUCUAUGUCGAUACGGCGGAUAUGAGUUUCCGACCUCAGCCGAUGGAGAACACAAAGGCGGAAAGUUUGUACCGAGUGAUAUCUGCUUCGACAAGCAUGACAACAUCGUGAUAGCAGACUCUGGUAACAAGAUGCUGGUAUUAGCUGACCGUCAAGGAACGAGUACCCGGAUAAUAACCACGUGCUCGCUGGAGCCUCGCCGGGUAGGUGUGGAACCUAUGGGGCACGUUUGGACAGGCUAUCAGGACGGAACUGUCAAAAUUAUCAGAUACAAACUACCAAAACGACAAGAAAAGGACACGAGCAAGAGUAUUGAUACGGAACAGGACACGUGACAUACUUAACUAGUUACAAUUGGUACAGAGCAGGUCAUGUGACCUACUGUGAACCUAGUUGCCAUUGAUACAGAGCAGAUCAUGUGACGUACUGUGUAACUAGUUACCAUUGGUACAUAACAUGUCACGUGACGUAUGUUGUAACUAGUUACCAUUGAUACAGAACAGGUCACGUGACAUACUGUGUAACUAGUUACCAUUGAUACAGAACAGGUCACGUGACGUACUGUGGAACUAAUUGUCAUUGAUACAGAACAGGUCACGUGACGUAUUGUAUAACAAGUUACUAUUGUUUUGAUACAGAAAAAAGUAUAUAUACGUGGUGUUUUGACAUUGCUAUUAUAAAUUCUAACACGAUUCGU